CACCCAAUUACUGUUUCCCCCGGGUUCGGCUGUCAUAAACAUGCGAACGGAGCUCUGCAGAGGACAAAAAGCCUUUCAUCACACACCAUUUUUCUUUGAUGCGCACGCUUUUUGGUUAGAUCCCAGCAGCAAUCUCUUGAGUGAUACAUUAGGUUCAUGCCCGUUUCACCGACAAAGAAGUAACAUUUGGAAGCGACCUCUACCAUGACCAAGAGCCACUAUGGAGUGCGACAACUGCUCUCAGGCCAGCAGCGCUGCUGCGAGAAGUUUCAGGGGCUCGGAUGGCAGAGGCUGCGACUACAGAAGAAUCUGCAAAGGUGCUUAGAAGAACAUGUAGCAGAGUUUUUCCUCAAACAAAUGGAACACACCACAAAACUUCGCUAACAUGAGCUGCUCUACCCGGGAAGCUGAACACCUUGGCAAAUAUUCCAGAUUUGCCAACAAAGUAAAGAAAGGUUUUACUGCUGCAUAUCCAACACAACCCUCCAUUCCUUUUAAACACCAAGCAACAAGAAUUACAGAAUCAGAAAAAAAAGGAUUUAAUAGUCAAGCCAAAAGAUUUUAUCAUAAAAAGAAUGAUGUGCCAGGCCCCGGGUCCUAUAACAUUGUCCACCGGUCUCCAGUGUUCUGCAGUGUCUCCUUGUCCAGGAAAGGGACCUGCACUUUUCCUUCUACGGUGAGAGCCUUUCUGGGAGAGCAACUGAGUGCCCGAUUGGACACCAUUAUUUCUAAAUAUCCUGCAGCUAAUGCGUACACUAUCCCAUCUGAUUUUGCUUCAAAGAAAGACUUCAGCAAUUCUUGUUCCAGCAUGUUCCAGUUGCCAAUCUGUGUGAAAGCACUCAAAUCUGAAACUCCUGCCCCAAACCAUUAUAACGCUUCCAUCUCUUGCUGCCAGCAGCAAAAUAAUGUGUCCGCCCGAGCUGGGUUUAUGUCCAAAACCCAGAGGGGAUUGUUCGCUGCCGCUGACUCAGGACCGGCUCCAGGGCAUUCUGAUGUCAACGAAUCCCUUGUGAAGCAGUCGCCAAAGAUAUUAAUGUCUUGUUUUAAAUCAAAAACUGGCCGCGGAUUGAAACUGACAUCAACAGGACCAGGGCCCGGUUAUUACAACCCAAAUGAUCACAUCAAAGUUUCAAAAAAGUCCGUUAUCCCGAAAAACCCCGUCCUGAACUUCUCAGCCCAGCCCUCCUUGCCUCUGCCCCCGAAGCCACCUCUUCCAGGUCCUGGUCAGUAUGAGAUUGUGGACUACGCUGGGCCCGCCAAGCAUUUCAUCUCUAGCGCAUCCUUUGUGUCCAACACCAGCCGGUGGAUAAUGGCGCCUUCCCAGCCAGGCCUCCCUGGCCCAGCCACAUACAAGCCCGAGCGCCCAGGGAAGCAGUCUUUCCACUACAAUGAGGACAACAUAUGGGUCCCGGUGAUGUAGUGACACCACAAGAGUUCAGGGAGAACCUUGACCCGCAGGUCCCCAAUCCCAGCUCCCCAGGACAUUCGCGUGUUUUGUUUGUGGCUGCUGACAAGGUGAUCCUGCCCAGCGCUGUGGCCUGGCUGCUGAGGCGGCCUUCUCGCGAGCUGCCUUUGGGAGACUAACUCAGCACCAACUCCAGCCUUUUCCUGAGCAACAAGGAGUGUCCUGAGGCCCUGGUCACUUCCCCAUGCAUCCGUGCAGGUGGCUCUGGCGUGAUUCUUCCACAGACUCCGGGGACUCCUGAAGUGUGGGCUCCGCAGAGGAGAGUCCGUCCUCCAUGAAGGUAGCUGGUGGCAGAUUCCCUGCCCAUGGGCCUGGGGCCCAGCCAGAUCUCUGGGGUCUGCGAGGGCCGAGGAGCAGACCCAAUCAACUGCCCUUGGCUUCCAGACUCUUCCUGAUUUCUAAGAGCCAGGAAGGGCCAGUGGCACCUUGGCAGAUGCUCGAAGGUGUUGCCAGGCCCCCUGAACCUUCAAUGGCACUUUCCAGAAGAACGUGGAAGCUGGUCGCCUUUACUCAUUACUCACCGCUGUGGAGGCUGCGUGAAGUUUAUAGGCUCUCCUCCAAUAGAUGUGACAGCAUCCUAUGGAUCCCGGGCCCUGGAAACAGCUUUCCAAGGGGCAGGAAGGCCACCCUGUGCCCUGUGCCCACAGGCUGUCACCCCACCCUGCCUGCCUGUGCCUGCUCCAUCUACCCCCGCGCUGACCACCUGCGCCAAUGUCUGAGGGAGACUGGUUGACCAAGUUUGGCAGCUUUUAAUGGAUCCCUUCUGACUUGCCAGAUCUUUUCCCCUCUGCAAGGGGAAGACGAAAGAACAGAGAACAUCCUCUCCUUUCCCGAAUACUGAUGUUGUCCCGCACUGUUGUAAGCGGGGUCUUUGUGCACGCUCCCCACACCCCACACCGCAUUCCCCCGCCAGGCUUUCACUUCCCCACGCUUCCCUUGGCUAUGACCAUGAGGGGCACUGCUGGGCCUUCCUGUCAGAAUUGCCUGCUGACGGGCUUUCCCUUUGGGGAGGGUUGAGGGCGGGAAAAGGGUGGAUGGUCUAUUCCAUUAAACUGAAUUCUUGGUUCUCACAAAAGCUGGCCUUUUUGUCAACUUACAUUUGAGCAGAGGCCUCGUGGCCUUGGAAUGAACGGCAGCCUGGAGGGCCUUGCCAAGAGCGGCAGCUCUGGACUGAAGGGUAGGGCAGCCUCAUGCAUCUAUCUGCACAGGCCUGCAGCUCCUCCUGGAAGGCAAGCGCUGGCAGGAGCGCAGGGGCUCCAGGUCCAAUGCUUCUGGGGCUGUGGUGGGCGCUGGGGCUCCGGGGGCUGUGGGUGCUGCUGUCCCACAGUAUUCGGAGCAACCCCAACCAAUGGCUUCUGGAUCUGCCACUGCCAGUAGGAUGGGAAAAUCUUUACAUGAAACCUCCUGGCCACUCAGAGGGCUUCACCUCCUCUAAGUGAGUCAGGAGAGAGGGCUGGGGAGCGAAGAGCAAGCAGCUCUCAGCCAAUCAGAAUCCAUGUUCCACAGCCCACCUGGCCAGGCUGGGACCCUGAGCUCAGAGAGUCCAUUUUGUGGCCCUCAGCCUCUCUGAAGCUGUCACUGGCUACUCACAGCCCCAUCCAGCGCAGAGGUCCCCGAGCCCCAGCUAUUAGGCUCAACUCAGGAGCACGCCCGGGCCUCAAAGAUCUGAUUUAAUUGACCGCAAAGUUCUGAUUUAAUUAUCUUUAUUAAAGUUCUUGUGUGACUGAGAUUCUACCUCACCCCACGAAGAAUGGCU